UCCUCCUCCUCCUCCUCCUCCCGCCGGCGCCGGAGCCGCCACGCCGCCGCCAUGGAGCUCAUCACCAUCCUAGAGAAGACGGUCUCGCCGGACUGCUCGGAGCUCGAGGCGGCACAGAAGUUCCUGGAGCAGGCGGCCAUCGAGAACCUGCCCACCUUCCUGGUGGAACUGUCCAAAGUGCUGGCCAACCCCGGCAACAGCCAGGUGGCGCGCGUGGCCGCGGGGCUGCAGAUCAAGAACUCGCUGACCUCCAAGGACCCCGACAUCAAGGCCCAGUACCAGCAGAGAUGGCUGGCCAUCGACGCCAACGCCCGCAGGGAGGUCAAGAACUUCGUGCUGCAGACGCUGGGCACGGAGACGUACCGGCCCAGCUCGGCGUCGCAGUGCGUGGCCGGCAUCGCCUGCGCCGAGAUCCCCAUGAACCAGUGGCCGGAGCUGAUCCCGCAGCUGGUGGCCAACGUCACCAACCAGCACAGCACCGAGCACAUGAAGGAGUCCACGCUCGAGGCCAUCGGCUACAUCUGCCAGGACAUCGAUCCAGAGCAGCUCCAGGACAAAUCCAAUGAGAUCCUGACUGCCAUAAUCCAGGGAAUGAGAAAGGAGGAGCCCAGCAACAAUGUGAAGCUUGCAGCUACCAACGCACUCCUGAACUCUUUGGAAUUCACCAAAGCAAACUUCGACAAAGAGUCCGAAAGGCACUUUAUUAUGCAAGUAGUCUGUGAAGCCACACAGUGUCCAGACACAAGGGUACGAGUGGCUGCCUUACAGAACCUGGUCAAGAUAAUGUCCCUUUAUUAUCAAUAUAUGGAGACCUACAUGGGGCCUGCCCUCUUUGCUAUCACGAUCGAGGCGAUGAAAAGCGACAUAGACGAGGUGGCUCUGCAGGGCAUCGAGUUCUGGUCCAACGUGUGCGACGAGGAGAUGGACCUGGCCAUCGAGGCCUCCGAGGCAGCAGAACAAGGACGGCCCCCAGAGCACACCAGCAAGUUCUAUGCCAAGGGGGCACUGCAAUAUUUGGUCCCUAUUCUAACCCAGACCUUAACAAAACAGGACGAGAACGACGACGACGACGACUGGAACCCCUGCAAGGCGGCGGGGGUGUGCCUGAUGCUGCUGGCCACGUGCUGCGAGGACGACAUCGUCCCCCACGUGCUGCCCUUCAUCAAGGAGCACAUCAAGAACCCCGACUGGCGGUACCGCGACGCGGCCGUCAUGGCCUUCGGCUGCAUCCUGGAGGGGCCCGAGCCCAACCAGCUCAAGCCCUUAGUGAUACAGGCCAUGCCAACGUUGAUAGAGCUGAUGAAGGAUCCCAGCGUGGUGGUCAGGGACACGACAGCCUGGACCGUGGGCAGGAUCUGCGAGAUGCUGCCCGAGGCCGCCAUCAACGACAUCUACCUGGCCCCGCUGCUGCAGUGCCUGAUGGAGGGGCUGAGCGCCGAGCCCAGGGUGGCCACCAACGUCUGCUGGGCCUUCUCCAGCCUUGCUGAAGCUGCCUAUGAAGCUGCAGAUGUGGCUGAUGAUCAGGAAGAGCCAGCAACCUACUGCUUAUCCUCCUCGUUUGAGCUGAUAGUGCAGAAACUGCUGGAGACUGCAGACAGACCUGAUGGACACCAGAAUAACUUGAGGAGUUCUGCCUAUGAAUCCCUGAUGGAAAUAGUGAAAAACAGUGCCAAGGACUGUUAUCCUGCUGUCCAAAAAACCACCCUGGUCAUCAUGGAGAGGCUCCAGCAAGUGCUGCAGAUGGAGUCUCACAUCCAGAGCACCUCUGACAGAAUCCAGUUCAACGACCUCCAGUCUCUUCUCUGUGCUACUCUCCAGAACGUGCUGCGGAAGGUGCAGCACCAGGACGCGCUGCAGAUCUCGGACGUGGUGAUGGCGUCGCUGCUCAGAAUGUUCCAGAGCACGGCCGGCUCCGGGGGGGUGCAGGAGGACGCCCUGAUGGCCGUCAGCACCCUGGUGGAAGUCCUGGGUGGAGAAUUCCUGAAGUACAUGGAUGCCUUCAAACCUUUCCUUGGGAUUGGGCUGAAAAACUACGCCGAGUACCAGGUCUGCCUGUCGGCAGUGGGGCUGGUGGGGGACCUGUGCCGAGCCCUGCAGUCCAACAUCCUCCCCUUCUGCGACGAGGUGAUGCAGCUGCUCCUGGAGAACCUGGGGAACGAGAACGUGCACAGGUCGGUGAAGCCGCAGAUCCUCUCGGUGUUCGGGGACAUCGCCCUGGCCAUCGGCGGCGAGUUCAAGAAGUACCUGGACGUGGUGCUCAACACCCUCCAGCAGGCAUCCCAGGCCCAGGUGGACAAGUCCGACUACGACAUGGUGGAUUACCUGAACGAGCUGCGGGAGGGCUGCCUGGAGGCCUACACGGGCAUCAUCCAGGGCCUCAAGGGAGACCAGGAGAACGUGCACCCUGACGUGAUGCUGGUGCAGCCCAGGGUGGAGUUCAUCCUGUCCUACAUCGACCACAUCGCGGGGGACGAGGAUCACACGGACGGGGUGGUGGCCUGCGCCGCGGGGCUCAUAGGGGAUUUGUGUACAGCUUUUGGGAAGGAUGUCCUGAAAUUAGUAGAAGCCAGACCCAUGAUCCACGAACUGCUAACGGAAGGGAGGAGAUCCAAGACGAACAAAACGAAAACCCUCGCGACCUGGGCCACGAAAGAGCUGAGGAAACUCAAGAACCAAGCUUGAUCUGUUACCAUUGGGACGACACCUGAGGACCCCCACUGGAUAAAGAACCAACAACAACACCAAGACAAAAAAAGGAAAAAUCUCCAAUCUCCUAGAAAACCCCCCGAAAACCCCGGGAGUGAGGACGUGUGCGGAUGUUUGGGAGUGAGAGGAUGCUGAGGAUGAGUGAGUGAGGCUCGGAACAAAAAUCCCAACCUUUGGUGACCCCCGGCAUCCAGGAGGGAAUUCUGUGCCCCAAAAAUUCCACAAAAAAAAGGGGGAAAAAAGCAAAAUUCCCACCAGCCCAAGAGCGGCUGAUCUCGGAGGAGAAAAUGAGGGAAAAACGGGGAAAAUUGGGAUUCAAGUGGUGCUCUGUGAGGUUUUGGCUGCUGGAGAGAGAGAGAGAGACGAGAGAAAGGUGGAAAAUUGGGAAUUUCCCAGGAUUUGGGAUUUUCCCAGGGAUUUGGGAAUCUCCGGGAUGAGGCAAAUCCCAGAGGAGAGAGGAGGAAUUCCAAGAGGAGUGAGUGUGUGUGAGUGAGGUCGUAUCCACAUUCUCAACUUCCCAAAAAAAAAAAA